CCGCCGGGGCGGCCGGCGAGAGCGCGCGUGUGAUGCGCUGCCGCUGAUAUGGCCGGCGCUCGGGCGCUCGUGGCCGCCUGCUGCUGCUGGUGGUGGCUGACCAACGCAGCCGCCACCGAGCUAGACUUGUUGGCCGCGCUGUCGUUGCACAACACGACGCGUGCUGGCGUCAUCGUUGCUCCAGGCAUGCAGCCGCAGCGCACCGCCUACUCCCUGCAAGGGGAGUCGCGGUCGCUGCAGGUUGAGGGCGAGGCGUUUGAACGUGCAGCGGAAUUGUUACGCCGCUCACCCGAGUUUACAUUGCUUGCGACACUGCGACAGGAGCCCGCUAACUCUGGCACGAUACUUUCCUUCUCACACGGCUACAACAGGUACUUGGAGCUGCAGUCGAGCGGACGGCGAGAUGAGGUGCGGUUACACUAUGUGGCAGCUGGGAGUGCGACAGCUCGGGUGGAAACAUUCCCAUAUCGAUUGGCGGACGGGGCUUGGCACCGCGUAGCACUGGCUGUGUCUGGUGCACAAGCCACGUUACUCGUAGACUGCCACCCGCUCUAUCGUCGUCUCAUACCGCCGCCCGAUCGGAACUUCACCCAGCCUCAGCUCUCGUUGUGGGUUGGACAGAGAAAUAGCAAGCAUUCGUUAUUUAAGGGAACUAUUCAAGAGGUAAGACUCGUGAGCGGGCCUCACGGCUACCUGGUACAGUGUCCGGGGCUGGACUCCGAAUGCCCUACUUGUGGGCAGUUUGCACUACUUCAGGCUACCGUACAGGAAUUGACAUCGCAUAUCCAUGACCUUUCACAUAAGUUGGUGGGUGCAGAAGCUCGACUUGCGCGGCUGGAACAGUGCGACUGUCAAAAGUCAUGCUAUUCCAACGGCACAGUGCAUGCUGAUGGUGCCACUUGGCAAAAAGACUGCAAUCGUUGCUCCUGCGUGCAUGGUGAGAUUACGUGCAGGCCAGUAGAGUGCGAUAGAGCAGAAUGUAAAAAUCCAGUAUUACAUCCAGGAGAAUGUUGUCCUACUUGUCUUAGACAAUGUUUACUAAAAGGCACGCUCUACGAACACGGCGAAAGAUUCGCACCAAAGGAGUGCGCAGAGUGUGUGUGUCACGACGGCAAUAUGCAGUGCACACGCGUCGACCCCGAAACAGCAUGCCCAACAUUGCCUUGUGACGCUCCCGAUCAGUUCACAGUGCCCGGAGAAUGUUGUAAAUUUUGUCCAGGGGUGGACUACUGUAGUAUGGGUCAUUCGUGUGACGAGAAUGCGACAUGUAUGAAUCUCAAUACAAAGUACACUUGUAAGUGCAACCAAGGUUUUCAAGGAGACGGAAUUACAUGUGAAGAUGUGGAUGAAUGUCAGGCAGCGGGCGGGCUGUACGGGCACCACUGUCACUCCAAUACGCGGUGCGUCAACGUGGUGGGAAGCUACGUCUGUCAGUGUCUGCCUGGAUACACGAGACGAGAUAAAUUUAACUGCAUUGAGGUGGAUGAGUGCGCGAGCGAGACUCACGGCUGUCACACGCACGCGCAGUGUAGCAACACGCCUGGCUCGUAUUCCUGCCGCUGUCGCGACGGAUACUCCGGCGACGGGCACACUUGCACGCCAAUUUGCACGGGAGGAUGUCUAAAUGGCGGAGUGUGCGCGUCACCUGAGCAUUGCUCGUGUGCGCGCGGCUUCGGGGGCGCGCGGUGCGAGCGGGACGUGGACGAGUGCGACGCGCUCGCGCACCCCGCCGCCCGCGCGCCCUGCGUGCCGCGCGCGCUCUGCGUCAACACGCCUGGAUCUUACUACUGCGUGUGUAGAGACGGAUACAGGCGAGAUCCACACCGCGAUCAUUGUGAAGAUGUAGAUGAGUGCACGGAAGGCUUCCAUACAUGUCAUCCGACCGCGCGCUGCGUGAAUACUGACGGUAGUUUCAGAUGCGAGUGCGACACACAGGAAUGUGAACUUAGCUGCUCAUGGCAAGGGCAGAUUUUGUCCGAUGGCGCUCAAUGGGCGGAGGCGGGUGGUUGCCGCGCUUGUGUGUGUACGGCCGGCGUCGCUGCCUGCGUACGGGCACCCUGCACCUGCGAUAGAGAUAAUACCUCAAUAGCGAUCCAAAGCACAGCAUCGUCACUUGCACUGGCGCCAGCCUCGUGCUGUCCACAUUGCGAGGCUCGCUUCCACUGUCGUCACCAGGAGAUGCACCACGUCACUUUCCGAAGCGGCGAGCGCUGGCUCUACCAGUGCCAGAUCUGUGAAUGCCUCCUGGGAGAGGUAGACUGCUGGGAGCCCGAGUGCGAGGAGGGCGCGGGCUGCUGCGCGAGCGGCACGGGCGGCGCGGGCGCGGAGGGCGCGGAGGGCGCGGGCGAGUGGCGCGCGCCGCACCGCCUCGAGCUCGCGGGCUGCGCGCCGCCGCACUGCCCCACCUGCCAAGGCGGGCAGUGUGCUACUUUGGUGAGCAAUCUCGCGUGUUGUGUGCAUCGAGCGCGGCGCGACGUGGCGGCGGCGCUGGCGCUGGCGGCGCUGUGGUGGGGCCGCGCGCCUCACCCGCACCGCAAGCACCGCGGCGCGCGGCGCUAGAGCCGCCCUGAGCGACGCACGCACACCCUAUUUAUUCUAGAUAGACCUAAUGUUAACCAAUUGACGCGGGCGCGCCCCGCUCCCGGCCUUAACUGAGCGAGCGGCGCGUCCGCGCCCGCCGCCCGGAGGCCGCGUGCCGCUCGAUCGCGUCGAACGUUUAUCCUCGUUAUAGCAAUAUUAUAGUUAUCGUUUAGGUAGGAUUAUAGAAGCGUGCCGCGAAACGUAAUGCCUUUUAGUGCGACCGAUCGGUGCGUCGAGUGGCGCGCGUUCCCGGGUGGGCGACGGAGCGCGCAAGUCGCCUCCGGCGUCGACGGCGCGUGACCUUCGCCGCCCGCUCGCGGUGAACUCGCUCCGCUGUCGGCGCGUCCGUCGCCUCGGUCCGCCGCGACGUGUGAAUGUGUGUGACGCUGCAGCGCUCGAAGGGAGUGAAAGUAUUGCGGCGGGCCGACGCUUAGAAGCCUGCGCCCUCGAUCCCCGCGCUUCGCCCCCGCCGCAUCUGUAAUCUUCGAAUUCUAAAUUAUCGAAUACGAUCGCUUAUAAUUAUUAUCUUAGACUUGUACUAUGUAGCUAUUGUUGUGAAUAUGAGUAUAGCGUCGCCUUGCCCGGGGCGAAGCCGCGAACGGGGGUGCGGUGCGGUGGGCGAGGGGGAACGUGCGGGCGACGGGGCGUCUUUCAAUUGCGGCCUAAUGUUCCAAACUUCGAUAGUCCUGUAGAUAUUAAGUUCCUGGGGAGGCACGCCGCCGCCCGAGCGUUCUCGCCCCUGUUGUACGAAUUUUUUCAUAAUAUAUUAUAGUUUUUGUUUGUCUUUAUAUAGGGAUCGUUUUCAUAUUUUGAAGAUAACCAAAAAUAGGUACCAAAUAUAGAAAAGAUAUGAUUGUUUCUUAAUUUCAUAAAGCAUUUUAAUGCUUGCAUGUUGUAUUGUGUUCAAAAAAUUACAAUUAAAAAGAUAUCCUUAUUAUUUCGUUUUAAUAGUGUACCCACCCUGUAAGUUAAAUUAGAGCA